AUGAAAUUCGCCAAAGAGCUGGAACAGGAAUUAGUUCCAGAAUGGCGCGCCAAAUAUCUCGACUACAAGGCGGGCAAAAAGAAACUUAAAGCCAUUUCACGAGCACUCCAGAAGACCAAUCGAAGUCCCAGCCAUGCGUCCCUCCGGCACAUCAACCAUGGCGAUCCGUCAACGAUAACCGCCAGUGGUCCCGACCCUCCCUCCUCGCUCCAUCAAUCGGACAGAAAGCAUCCAGCCACCGACCCGACUUACAACCCGACGUCGCCAGUCAGAAGUGGUUCUCGGACAUCACGCUCAACUCCCGGUCGACGAAGCGAGCGCCAGCCCCUGCGAGUGCCUGGCUCCCGGUUCUCAACGACGGUAGGAAGCUAUGGAAGCAUCAUCGCCACACCCCCACUGCACGCUGGCUCUUCAGAUGUGGCCUCGUUCGAAUUACCGGACCCGGCGAUCGACUUGAAGGUCCAGGACUUUGCCCCGAAUAGCGAGAUCACCCGCCCCGAUGAACCCCGGAGCCCUUCGCCAGUUAUGGCACGCAAUGCCAGUACCAGGACCGUGCCGGAAAUAUCCCAGCGGAGCCCGUCCACCAACACCGAUAAGGAUGGAAAGAGAAACACAUUUUCUGGCUCAAACAGCAAGCGAGCCUCCGAGAUCCUGAAGCGGGUAUUCACAUACACUGAGUCGCAAGAGAAGCAGGAUGAUCAGCCAUCUUCGGAAUACCAACGGCGGCAAGACGAAUUCUUCGCAUUCUUGGACGACGAGCUGGCCAAGAUCGAGUCAUUCUAUCAGAUGAAAGAAGAGGAAGCUACUGAACGCUUAAAGGUGCUCAAGCAACAACUUCACAUUAUGCGCGACCAACGCAUCCAGGAGGUCUUGAGCAAUAAAAAGGGCCGAACGCAGAACGGACACUCGCACAAAGAGACUGGUUUCGGGGGACUCAACGGUUCCCGGUUGAAGGAGGCCUUUGUGGGACGUCGAAUCGGGAAGAAUUCCAAGGCAUUAGCCGAAUUAGCCACGCCGGCAGUAAAUCAAGGACAGGAUGCAGAGGUGGUGAACCGCCGCAGGGACUUCACUCGUCGACCUGAAGACGCAGCAAAUCAUGAGGUCCCCUAUCGUUCUGCCAAGCGGAAGCUUAAACAUGCGCUUCAGGAGUUCUACCGCGGCGUGGAGCUGCUGAAAGCGUACGCCUAUCUCAAUCGGACUGCCUUUCGCAAAAUCAACAAGAAGUAUGACAAGGUGGUUAACUCCCGUCCACCCCUGAGGUACAUGUCGGAUAAGGUCAACAAGGCAUGGUUUGUACAAAGUGAGGUCACCGAAAACCUGAUGGCCGCCGCGGAGGACCUUUACGCUCGCUAUUUUGAACGCGGAAAUCGCAAGAUCGCCAUCUCCAAACUACGCAAGACCCUCAAGAAAUCAGGCGACUAUUCGCCAAAUACAUUCCGUGCGGGUCUUCUCCUGAUGGCUGGUAUAUUGUUCGGCAUCCAAGCUCUGAUAUACGCCGGUCAGCAUUUUCAUCACCCGGAUCCCGUGGUACCCAUCCACACCAGCUAUUUACUGCAGAUAUACGGCGGGUUUUUCCUCAUAGUCUUUCACUUCUUACUGUUUUGCUUGGAUUGCAUUAUUUGGACGAGGAGCAAAAUCAACUAUGUCUUUAUUUUCGAAUACGAUACUAGAACUGCGUUAGACUGGCGUCAGCUAACUGAGCUACCUUGCCUUUUCAUGUUUCUCUUGGGUCUCUUCAUGUGGCUUAACUUCUUAUCGGUUAAUGCCAUGUACAUUUAUUGGCCAGUGGUGCUUAUAGGAAUAACGGUGGUCGUUCUUUUUCUGCCUGCCCGUAUACUUUAUCAUCGCAGUCGAAAAUGGUGGGCGUAUUCCAAUUGGCGUCUAUUGCUAGCAGGACUGUAUCCUGUCGAGUUUCGGGAUUUCUUUCUGGGCGACAUGUACUGCUCACAGACUUAUGCUAUGGGGAAUAUCGAGCUAUUUUUCUGCCUUUAUGCUAAACACUGGACCGAGCACGCGCAGUGCAAUUCUUCUCACUCCAGACUAUUGGGAUUCUUCAGUUGCCUGCCAUCUAUAUGGAGAUCUUUGCAAUGUCUGCGUCGAUACGCUGACACACGGAACGUUUUCCCACACCUACUAAAUUUCGGAAAGUACAUCUUCGGUGUUCUCUAUUACGCCACCCUGAGUAUGUAUCGCAUCGACAGAGUGACCCGAUUCCAGGCACCGUUCAUCACAUUUGCGUUAUUGAAUGCAGUCUAUUGCUGCGUUUGGGACCUUGCCAUGGACUGGAGUUUAGGGAACCCUUAUGCCAAGCACCCCCUUCUACGCGAGGUUCUGGCUUUCCACAGGGCAUGGGUUUACUAUGCAGCCAUGGUUGUCGAUGUCGUGGUGCGAUUCAACUGGAUAUUCUACGCCAUAUUCGCUCACGACAUCCAACAUUCGGCUGUGCUCAGCUUUGUGGUUGCGUUCUCCGAGAUUUCGCGAAGGGGUAUAUGGACGAUAUUUCGAGUGGAGAACGAACACUGCACGAAUGUUCUACUUUUCCGAGCGUCACGAGAUGUGCCUUUGCCUUAUGAGGUGGCCUCACUACAUACAGAAACCGACCAACCAGCCGAGGAAAUGAUGGUUCAAGAACCACAGCAGCCCACUCCUCAACCUCCAGCGGCCGAUAUAGAACACGGAACUCCGCCCACGCCGGGUACAUCCCUCCGGGCACGCGGCUUAUCCCGAGUGGGAACCAUUCUGGCCUCCGCCCAUGCACAAGACUUCCAGCGCAGAAAGCGACCGGAGGAUCUGGGUGGUGCCUCUGCGUCUCAUACAAACGCAGACACCCCUGAGGACAGCAGCGACGACGACGAUCCGACCGACUCCAGACCCUACUCAGAUAACAUCAUUGUCGAAGACUACGCCUCAUAUGGAGACAACGACGACAGAUUUGCACACUAA